AUGGAGCAGCCUGCCGACGGUCAGAUCGCGUCCAUCGCCGUGCCCGGCGUCAAGGCCGAGGGCCAGCUUCUCUAUACGAUGCGUAAGGAGGUGGCCGAGCUGCUGGACAGGCAUCAGACCUCCUUUCCCGGUGCCCAGCCUGUCAGUUUCGCACGCCAGCAUCUCGACGAGCUCACCAAGCAAGACUAUUACGUGUGCGAAAAGUCGGAUGGCAUCCGGUAUCUGCUGUACUCGACGGACGACGAGGCCGGCAACGAGGCUCACUACCUCAUCGACCGGAAGAACGACUACUGGUUCCUCAACAACAGGAACCUGCACUUCCCGCGGGUGAACGACCCGAGCGCCUUUCACACCGCCACCCUCGUCGAUGGCGAGCUUGUUUGGGACAGCCUGCCGAACGGCAAGAAGGAGCCCCGAUUCCUCGUCUUCGACUGCCUCGUCAUGGAUGGCAACAAGCUCAUGGACCGCACCCUCGACAAGCGUCUGGCCUACUUCAAGGAGCGCCUCUACACGCCGUACGAGAAGCUCUUCAAGGAGUACCCCGACGAGCUCAAGUUCCAACCCUUCUUCGUCGAGAUGAAACCCUUCCAGCUCGGCUACGGCAUCGAGAUGAUGUUCAAGCAGGUUCUGCCGGGCCUCAAGCACGGCAACGACGGCCUCAUCUUCACCUGCCGCAACACGCCCUACAAGCACGGCACGGACCCUCACAUUCUGAAGUGGAAGCCGCCCGAGGAGAACACCAUCGACUUUCGUCUCAAGCUCAACUUCCCCACCGUCGAGCCGACGAGUGAGGAGAAGGCCGAGGGCAUCACGGAACCCUUUGUCGACUACGACAGCUUGCCCCACUCGGAGCUCCUGAUUUACAAGGGCGACAGCGGGCCGGAACGCUACGAGGUCUUCAGCGACCUCUACCUCGCCGAGGACGAGUGGGAGGUUCUCAAGAGCCUCGGCGACCCCCUCAACGACCGCAUCAUCGAGUGCAACCUCGACGAACAGGGCCGCUGGCGUAUGAUUCGCUUCCGGGACGACAAGAGCGAGGCGAACCACCGGAGCACCGUCUCGAGCGUUCUCGAAAGCAUCAACGACCGCGUCUCCGAAAAGGAUCUCUACCGCGCCGCCCUACACAUCAGGGACUCGUGGAAGUCACGCCAGGCCCGCGCCGAACAAGAAUCGAGGCGAGGACGGUAG